GUGGGUCCCUCCUCCAUGUGGCUGUGUGAAAUGGUAAACUCUAUUGGUUGCCGUGUCACCAUAGUCUGUUUGGGUGAAUCUGGGCGGUCCACUGAAGUGGACUACUUUAGGAGUCUCCCUCUGUUCAUUGUAAGAAGUUGGAAAAGAUCAGCCACAGCUUCUGUAGAAAGAGCCCGAGUCCACUGUGCAGACAAACUCAAGAUAAAGAAGAGCUUUCACGUUUUCGUCCUUCUUCAGAGUUAGCACACUGCCAAAAUAGGUUUGGACGUACGUGUGUCCACAAAAGACCCACACCACUGCAUAUAUAACCUGUGAGCUCCCUUCUUUCUGCUCCUUCUCUCCUCGGCGGCCCCUGCUCCUUUCCAGGCCUACGUUUGAGACCCCACGAUGGACCGCUCGGCUCAGGAGCUGUUCCUAAACUUCAUGAUCGUCUUAAUCACUGUGCUGCUGAUGUGGCUGUUGGUGAAAACAUACCAGGACUGAAAAUGAGGGCAGUAAGAAGAAAGAGAAGAUGGAUAAAGUGAGGGGGGGGUGUGCAGGGAGGGCGACACGGUUUUGUUUUGACACAGUGGUCACCUUGUAAAAUCGUGAUUUAGCAGUGUAUCAGUGGAACACUGAUCCCAGAUCAGUGUGUGUGCUCCGACAUAAUUCAUGGGUUAGGUUGUGACUUUCUGCUAAGAUGCAAAGGGAAGACCAGAGCUCCAGAUGAAGCUAUGGAUUA